GUGACACAGUGCACUUGAUGAAUACGCACAGUCAGUUCCGAUGCUCACAACAAUACGGUUGCUUUGCAAUAUAAGAUAAACGAAUAACACUUAAACGGUGAUAUUUUAUUGUAAACAAAAGUAGUGAUUCAUAAACCGACAGUGCAAUUAUCAAUCAUGGAUCUCUUACAAAAUAUAUCAUAUUACUGGACAAAAAAACUUGAUCCACGAGUAGCCAAUCAACCAUUCGUGGCUUCUUUCUAUCAAAUACCACUUAUAAUAUUCGCAUAUCUGUACUUCGUCCUCGAGUGGGGACCUAAAUUCAUGAAAAACAGAUCGCCAUAUAAUUUGAAGACAUUUAUGCAAUUGUAUAAUAUCAUUCAAAUUUUUAUGAAUACGUGGUUAAUAUACGAAGCAAUAGACGCAGAUUUAUUCUCAAAGAAGAUAAUAUGUCCUGUUCUUAAUUAUUCCUACGAUGAUUUUUCAAUGAAGGUAAUUAGAUGUGGAUGGAUUUAUUUUAUGUUAAAAAUAUUUGAUCUCAUCGAAACAGGCGUAUUUGUAUUAAGGAAAAAAAAAAAUCAAGUAUCGAAUUUGCAUUUGUACCAUCACGUCUCUGUCGUAUUUAUAUCGUGGUUAACUAUAAGAUAUUACUGUGUUACUUUCAUUACAAUUCCCUGCGUAAUCAACUGCUUCAUACAUGUAGUAAUGUACACGUACUACUUCUUGUCAACCUGUGGACCGAACGUUCAAAAAAUAGUCGUAUCUAUAAAACGAUGGAUAACUGUAAUGCAACUGGUACAGUUCAUCAUGGUAAUGUUGUAUAUAUUGCAUCCAUUAAUACUACGUUGCAAAGUCACAAGUAAUUGGAUUAUCAUAAUACUUAUUAUAAAUCUCUUAAUAAAUUUUUUCAAUUUUCUUCAUUUCUAUAUACAGACAUACGAGAAAAAGAAAAAAAAUUGAAUAAUUUAUAAAAUAUAACUUAUUUAUAGGACAGACAUUUGCUGUUCUGUAACGUAAAUUGUUACGAAAUUUUGAUUAAAAUAUCAGCUACAUUGCACUGUACUUAUGUAACUAUGACAGAAUAAAGUAAUGUAAUAUUUAAGUUAAAAAUUACGAAACAAAACGUUUUAUCCUGAAUAGAAGUUAAAAAUCAAAAAAGUAUAAAAAUCUUUUUAUUUAAGAUUUUGUUUAAUUAUAGUAUACCUACUUUAUUAAAUUUACAACACAUAUUUAAUAAUUAAUUGUUAUUAAUUUUUGUUACAAUCAAGGACGUCAACAAAAUCACGCAUUUUCCAAUUAAUAUCAAUUUCUUCAUAAUUACGUAAACAUAUAUGUUUACGUAAGUAUUACAAAACUUUUACAGAACAUACAUUGACAUUAAUAAAAUCAUGUUAAUAUUACGUGAUUGAGAUGAUGUCGCAAUUAUGUUAUUACAAUUAUGCAAUAUUAAUGAAAUUUUUGGAGUAUAUACACACUUUUACGUUUAAUCAAAAUGCAUAAAUGUUACACAGUUACAAAGUAACGUCAAAAUUACGUAAAAAACUAACGUAAAAAAAGUCUUUAAGUUAAUGAGCAUGACAUAAGCGAUAUGUCAAUUUCGAUACAGUUCUGUAACAAUUACAAUUACAUUAUGAAAUUGUUACAUAAAUAAUUUCUGUAAUUUAUUAGGCAGGUUUCUAUUAUAAACUGUUUUCUCAUUUUUCUAACACAUUGUUCAAUAAAAUAUGAAUUUUAUGUUUUUUGAAAAACAAGAAUAAGGACAAAUAUUUUUUAUAAUUUUUUGGUGGUUACGAUCCCAUUUGACAAAUUGCUUUAUUAUAUCAUUAUUUUAAGAUUACUCUAUGCUGCCACGUUUGUCGCUCGCAAAGAGUUGCUCUUGGCCGUAGGAAAGCGUCAAUUUACCUAUAAUAACAGCUCUCGCGUCAAGAGAAAAAUACUAACAGAUGUAUAGCAGGUUUGCAUUAUGUACUCAUAAACUGUUCAUUAUUGGUUCUUAUAGAUUGCUAUAAAAUAAAUGCGUAACAGUUAAGCAUCGAUACUGAUAAAAUUUGUAUUAAUUUUUAAGAAGAUGCGGUACACAUUAUGUAUAAUUAAAAGAUAUUAACGAAUUAAAUAUUAAAAAACGUAACAUUAUA